AUGAAAAUACGGCAUGUUACUGAACGGAGCGUCAAUAUUAAAAUAAACUUCCCUUGGAAAGUUCCGUUGGAAGAAGAACUGAAACGCAAUCCUGAGCUCAAGGAAUCAGACAUAAAAUCACUGCAAGAAUGGUGUGAAAAGCAGCCGCAUUUGCCGAAGAUACUCGACAGCGAGCUCGUUUUAUUUCUUCACAGUAAUUAUUAUCGAAUGGAACCGACUAAGACAACAAUCGAUACAUUUUACACCGUGAGGACUCACGUGCCGGAAUAUUUUUCUAACAGAGAUCCUCUGGAAAAUAAAGAUCUUCGUCACAUUUUUGCAACUGCAGCAUACAUGCCAUUGGCGGGAGAGACACCAGAAGGUUACAAGAUAAUUUACGCGCGAUUAAUUAAUUAUGAACCGGCAGCGUAUGUCUGGAAUGACGCCAUGAAGUACUGGAACAUGGCAAUGGAUCUCUGGAUGUACACAGAAGGUACAAUGAAGGGACACAUAAUAAUAGUCGACUUGGCUGGUCUCGCUCUUGGUCACACUGCGCGUCUCAGCCCAAUGGGUUUCAAAAAAUUCUUUUAUUAUCUUCAAGAAGGACUUCCGGUUCGUCUUAAGGGUUUUCAUUUUUUGAAUUCCAUUCCAGUGAUGGAUAUUAUCAUGGGAAUGAUGAAGCCAUUUUUGAAAAAAGAACUCAUGGAAAUUCUUCACAUUCAUACCAAUAAUGAAAGUGCUAAAAAAUUCCUACCACUUGAUAUUUUACCAAAUGAGUCAGGGGGUAAAGCCGGGCCAUUUAUGGAAAUGCAUGAAAAACAUAUCAAAAGAUUGGAAGCUCAUCGUGAUUUCUUCUUGGAAGAAGAAACUCGUGCUCGUAUUGACGAGUCCUUGCGACCGGGAAAAGCUAAAAGUGCGACAGAUCUUUUUGGUGUAGAAGGAAGUUUCAAAAAACUUGACAUCGAUUAA